GAGAAACAGCCUUUAUUCUGAAUCACUGAAGAUUUACCGGAGUGGGGCGACUGAGAGAAGAAAUCGGAACUCGGAAAAAUCCAGUGAAAGAAGGCAUGAAGACAUCAUCCUAGUCAUCAGUCAUGGCCGAUAAAAGGAAACUUCAAGGUGAAAUAGAUCGAUGUCUGAAAAAAGUAGCGGAGGGAGUGGAACAGUUUGAAGACAUUUGGCAGAAGCUUCACAAUGCAGCCAACGCGAACCAGAAGGAGAAAUAUGAAGCAGACCUCAAGAAAGAGAUUAAGAAGCUACAGCGUCUUCGAGACCAGAUCAAGACGUGGGUGGCAUCCAACGAGAUCAAAGACAAAAGGCAGCUAGUAGAGAACCGCAAACUCAUAGAAACGCAAAUGGAGCGGUUCAAAAUAGUGGAAAGAGAAACCAAGACGAAGGCGUACUCGAAAGAAGGCUUGGGCCUGGCCCAAAAAGUGGACCCGGCCCAAAAGGAGAAGGAGGAGGUCGGCACGUGGCUAACGAAUACGAUAGACACGCUGAACAUGCAGGUGGACCAGUUUGAGAGUGAAGUGGAGUCUCUUUCAGUCCAGACGAGAAAAAAGAAAGGCGACAAGGAGAAGCAGGACCGGAUCGAGGAGCUGAAGAAGUUCAUCGAGAAGCAUCGGUACCACAUCCGGAUGCUGGAGACCAUCCUGAGGAUGCUGGACAACGACUCGGUGCAGGUGGACGCCGUCAGGAAGAUCAAGGACGAUGUGGAGUACUAUCUCGACUCGUCGCAGGAUCCGGACUUCGAGGAGAACGAGUUUCUGUACGACGACCUGGACCUGGAAGACAUCCCUCAGACGCUGGUCGCCACCUCCCCGCCGGGACACUCACACUUGGAGGACGAGAUCUUCCAGCACUCCAGUAGCACACCCACCUCCACCACCUCAUCUUCACCCAUCCCACCCUCGCCCGCCACUUGCACUACGGAGAACUCAGAAGACGACAAGAAGAGGGGACGUUCAACAGACAGCGAAGUCAGUCAGUCACCUGUGAAGAACGGAAACCCCUCCUCCUCGUUAUCCUCUUCCUCCUCCUCUUCUUCCUCCUCCUCCUCUUCCUCUUCUUCUUCCUCCGUCUCGGGACUGACCUCAUCCUCACUGGUCUCUAUGGCGACCAUCGCUGGGGGAGGAAGCAGCGGCUCUGGGGGCAACAGUCAUCACGGCAGCUCGGGGGGUCUCCUCUCCAACACUUCCGCUGGCAGCUACAGCAACGCCACCCAGCAGCAGCCGCACCCGUCGGCACAGCAACAGCAGGCCAAAAACUUAGUCAGUUCCCCCCCCUCAGCUCCUAUCUCCAACUCCAUCACCUCCACCAAUAGCCACCCAGCCUCGUCGACCUCUUCUCCCCCCAACGUCAGCACACAGGGGCUCUUCACUUCAAACACUCAGCCCCAGGUUCUGUCGGGGCCUCCGCCGACCUCCAACAGUCUUGGCCUCAGCCUGGGCCUCUCGCUGGGGAAAGGGGGCAUGUCCGGCUCCAUCACCACCAGCCCUAUGUCCGGGAGCCUGGGCCUGUCAGGGAUGCCGGCGUCCCUGAGCACCAUGGCGAGCCUCCUCUCCAGCUCCACCCCGGCACCCUACGCUCAGGCAGCUGCCUCGGGCACCGUCGGCUCCGGCCUGCCGGGCUCUCUGGGCGGCGUCAUCACCACGACGACCAACAGCGCGCUGGGCUCCAUCGGCAGUGGGAGCAUCACAGUCGGUGGGCCGACGUCCUCGACGGGAGGUCUGCUGGGCUCGGUGUCGGGGGUGACCAGCAUCGGCUCUGGGAUCCUGGGUUUGAGUUCUGGUCAGUCGGGGGUGCAGGGGUCUUCCUUGGUGUCACUGAGCCCAGUGGGGGGUUUAGCGCCGGGUAGUGGAGUAGGAGUCAUCGGGAGCAACGGAGGCAGCUCGGGCUCAGCGGGGAGCGGAGUGGUGGGAGGAAACUCGUCGCUCUCCAUCAGGCCGCCGAGCCAGCAGAAGCAGAACGGUAGCACUAACCUCACAGGUUACAGUGCUGUGGUAGCAGACAGCACAACAGACUCCGCCCUGAACAGUGCCAGCCAAUCACAAAGCAGCCAACCCUCGUCUUUGACCUCCACAGCCAAUCAGCCUAAGGACACUGGUCCCAGUUUACUGGGCUCUUUGAGUUUGUCGUCCAGCUCCCCGUCACCGGCCUUCUACAGCGAAGCUAAAACGGUGAGCGGCAGCCUGCUGAACGGGCCGCUGUCCUACUCGCAGUCCUCCGACAUCAUCAAGCCCCAGGAGCCUCUGAGCAGCCUGAAGUCCAUGGCCGAGCGAGCAGCACUCAGCUCAGGGAUGGAGGGAGACGUGCCCUCCCUGCACCUCACCCCAGACAUCUUCCCCAGCAGCACUACGGCCCCCUCCGGCCCCCCGUCAGCGCCUCAGCCCUCGCUGUCAGAGGUCAGCAUCCCCCCCUCGUUGGGGGUCUGCCCACUGGGGCCGGUUCCCCUGUCCAAAGACCAGCUCUACCAACAGGCCAUGGAGGAGGCGGCGUGGACGCACAUGCCCCACCCGUCCGACUCCGAGAGGAUCAGGCAGUACCUGAUGAGGAACCCGUGCCCCACCCUGCCUUUCCACCACCAGGUGCCACCCCCCCACUCCGACACUGUAGAGUUUUACCAGAGGCUUUCCACAGAAACGCUCUUCUUCAUCUUUUACUACCUGGAGGGCACUAAGGCCCAGUAUCUGGCAGCCAAAGCCCUGAAGAAGCAGUCAUGGAGGUUCCACACAAAGUACAUGAUGUGGUUUCAGAGGCACGAAGAACCCAAGACCAUUACUGAUGAGUUUGAGCAGGGAACCUACAUUUACUUUGACUAUGAGAAAUGGGGCCAGCGGAAGAAGGAAGGUUUCACGUUUGAGUACCGGUACCUAGAAGACCGAGACCUCCAGUGACCAGCGGCAAGACAAGCAGACAGACAGACAGGCGACCGGACAGCCGAGGAAGUGAGAGAGAGGGACGGACGGACGAGAGAGCAAACAAAUGAAGAACGGUGGUCCACCUGCUGACAUUCCUGGGUUUGAGAUGUUCGGGCUGGAGGGGGGCGAGCCUCCGACCUCACCUCAUCGUCCUCACCUCAGCAGUGAUCAGGCCUGUGCUCCCACCCUGUCAUCCCUCCUCCUCCUCCUCUCCACCCCUCCAUCAUCAGGCCUUUUAUUUCCAUCUUUUCCUGAACUGGAACUCUCUUGAAGACAACAGCAGAUAAGACACAAAAAUCACAUCUAAUAUUCAGACUAUCGUGUAUUUCCCCCUCCAUGUUAUCCUGUUACGUUGGCUUUAAAAACCUUUGCUUAUAUUUGCCCCUUAAGAACCAAAGAUAAUUGGUUGAUCCCACAGUCCAGCCUCUGUCCCCUUUCUCAGCAGACUAAAGGAAAACCUAAAGAGGGUGCAAUUGUAGAAGCCUCAACCCACAACCACACAUUAAAUCUGUGUUGUGUCAGUGCUGAAGCACCUCCCAAUAACUGUGGUGUGGAGCAGUGAUGCAGCAGCAGGGCAGGAAUCACAUGAAACGUGUCACUUUUGUUGUUGUUAAUGAUCAGAUCAGGAAGUUAACAACCUGUAAUCUGCAGCCCACCAUAACCUGAACCUGUAAGAACCUGCAUGGUUAAGGUUCUAGGUGUGUGUUUUACAAACCAGAACAUUUUGGAUAUACAAAUGAUUCGGUACACCAAGAUGAAUUCAAGGCAGUCUAAUACAACAGAGCAGCAAUAAAUCCUCCAUUCAUGAAGGUUACAGGUGUUGAUUUUUUGGAUCAUUUUGAAUUGUUUUGCAUCAUACAGAGCAGCGUUCUGCCCUCAUUGAUAUAAAUGAAGUGUAAGUAUAAUAACAUGAACGCCUGCCAGCAUAAUGCAUUACAUUUCAACAGCAGUGCAAAGUGCAGCCUAUAAACGAUAAUACAGUUCAAUCAGCAGCUCUCUUCAACAGAAACUGAACAUUAACGCCUUCCUGAAGGGAGGAUUUAUGGCAGGACUGUUGUAUUACACUGGGUUAGUUUUACCUAGGUGUGCCUAAUAAACUGGCCAAUGCUACCAAAACAUAACGCGAAUACAUAACGAGGCAGCAAAUCACCUGAGCACGUUAGCAGUUAGUUCUUGUCGUUUAUGAAGAGUUUCACCUCUGAAUGAAUUGGCCACAAGCUGAAUGAGGUUUUGUGUGAGACUCAGGUAAAAAACGCGAGCGACCUUUGCUUUGACGUCCCUGUUGACUGGUUAAUAUGAACUCAUCUGCCAGAGAACAGGAGCUAAUUGAUGUUGUUCUCCCCCCUGAUGCUGCUGCUGCUGCAACAAAUGCUUGUUGAGCUUCAUCGCCUCACAAACUGCCCCCUCCACAGUAAACCUGCCUCCGGUGUGCAGCGGAUCUGCUUUGACCUGAUCUGACUGCUGUGGACGUUAACGCCGACCCAGCCGUCCGUUCACCGGGGUGGAAAAUCAACACAACCACCUGCCCGAUGUGGGUAAACGUCUGAAGCGUCUUUCAGAGGUCCUGUUGUUGUAUUCUUGUUCAUUUUGUGAAUCCACCAGCCGUCGUGCGCUAAAAAUAUCCUGCCCUGCCUACUCCCAUCUCGCCACGGUGGAGGAGUGUGACAGCACACCCAGUGAGGUGUUGGUAGUAACUGUCUUCUACCUGGUGGGCAGUGUUACAUCACAGUUUGCUUUGGAAACACUUUUAGACGAAAGGGACCAUCAGAAUACAUUUCCAAAUUUCAUUUAACAUUCUUCGUUUGGCCUUCGAGCUUUCACGCGUGGCUCCAUGGUUCACCUUCUGUCUUUAAAUUAAAGGGUCAGUUCCCUCAAAUUACAGAAGAAAACAAACAUAUUUCUCUUUUUUUCCUGUGGCAUCUAUUCAUUCAUAUAGUUUUGGUUUUAUUUGCAGGUUUUGACAUAUUUGAGAUUUCUGCCUCCAACACAAUGGAGGUUAAUUGGUGCUCACAACAGUGAAAAACAGCAACAUCUAUCAGGAGAAACGAUGUGCUCGUUACUCCGGAAAACACACAGGACUCGCUUUUUGACAGUUUUCACUGCAUCUACUCUAAAAAUAGUCGCUAUGAAAACUGCUCCCACUGAUGUCUGUGGAUCAUUCAGAGGUGCAGCUUUGAAGUUUUUUCAAUGCUUUACGGAGCACAAGCUGAACUCCGUUUACCUCCACUCUGCUGACGUGGCGGCAUACAUUUCAAUAUUCAAACACUCAACAAGCUCGAGCGACCACCAAAACAGCCAACUGAAUACACCUGGAUGGUACAUUUCAUAUCCACAUGUCCAAAAUCUGAUCUCCACUGCUCUCGUGCUGUGGAGGACGGCUACGCACGCCAGGAUUGUUGGCUUUAUUUGCAUUUCCAGGCUUCCAUGAGUACAUUUUUAAAAGCAACAUCUCGACAUUUUGGAAAAUAGUUUUAUAGUUUUAAUAGUUUUUUUCUAGUGAGUUAGAUGAGAGGAUCGAUGCCACCCGCAUGUCUGCACGGUCAGACGACAGUCCAGCCAGCAGCCCGCUAGCUUAGCUUAGCAUAAAGUGUGGAAACGGAGAAAUGGCUAGCCUGGCUCUGUCUAAAAGUGACAGAGUUAGCUUCUCAGAUGAACAAGUUAUAUAUUUUGUUCAAUCUGUGGAAAGACUGAUGUGAACAACAGCUUGAGGUUUUGUGUCGGACUGUUUCUUGGUUGGGAGUCACUUCCUGGUUGCUGGUUGCCUGGUAACCUUAGGGAGACAAAACAUAACUCCCUGUAAAACCACAAAUCAUCGUUUUAACAGUUUGGUUUUUAAGCCCCAUUUCCAGUCUUUGUGCUAAGCUCAGCUAACCAGCUGCUGACUGCAGCUUCAUAUUUACCGCACAGACAGAACAGUGGCAUCAAUGUUCUCAUCGAACUCUCUGCAAGAAAGCAAAUAAAAGCAUUUCCUGAAAUGUCGAGGUUAAUCAACCAGUAAAAUGAUGCCUCAUCUGCUGAAAAUGUGAAACCUGGACCAAUGAGAGCAGAGCUGUCUGCAUGAAUAGAUGCCAUUAGAGUAUGACCAUUACCAGAGCCAUUAGCGGGAAAAUGUGGUUUUAGUGAACUGAUCGUUUAACACAGGAAGCUCCAGCAGUGAUCAUUGUGAGGGUCGUGGGUGUUGGAUGCUACCAGCAGCUGGAUGGACAGUUUGUUAGUCUCCCACCAGCCUCCUCCUCCUCCUCCUCCUCCUCUCUCUGUGCUGAAGAGCACAAACUGAGCAACACCAGCACUGCUGCCCACAUCUCCUCUGUCCUCCAGCUCUCUGCUCCAUGUUUACACACCGACGGGUUCGAACGAGCCGACUGGGCCACAGUAAACACACACACUGCCCAGUUCUGACUACCGACAAGUCAUGGUUUUAGCUUUUCCCACACCCUGCACCCCACACCCUGCCCCCCGCCCCCUGAACUCUGCUGCCAACACAGCAGCUUCUCUUUUCCCUCCAAACAGUCUCUCUCUCAGCCGGCCAGCUCCCCCCUCCUCUCUUCAUGCCAGGUAGAUAUUUCCUUUAUUUCUCAGGAAGUAUUUGAUAGAUCAUUUUAUGAGGAAAUGUAUCCGCCAGCAGCUCCCGUCACCACAGCACAACAACAACAACGACGACUUAAUAAUCUUCCCCGACAGAUUCGCACCAAAAUUGGAAUUUUUAUUUGUCUCAUUCGGGAAGCUCGUGAGCGUUUCCCCCCUCUCUUUACCUGCCAGUGGCCCUUCUCAUUUCACAAAAAGCUUUUUUAAAAUACGAAUAUUGUCCUCCAAUGUUUGGAGCAGCACCUGGAAGAGAGACCAUCUUUAUAUUUUGUAUUUGUUGGAUUAAUCGUAGUAGAUUGUAUAUUAUUUUUUUUCUUCUUUCAGAGAUGGGGAAUACAUUUUAAAACGCAGAGGAGAACGAGGACCCCUGUUCUUUUUAAAGCUCAGAAACUUCUCAACAGGAGUGUGGGGUGUUUUUAUAGCCAAACAGACAGACAGACAGACAGACAACUCGACACGUAUUCACUUGACUGACAGUCCUGCUUUUAACCUUUUGUUUACUUUGCUUUGACAAGAGGAAGAGACGAGAGGUCAAUCCGAGAGCCGAAAUGUGAAACUCUCUCUGCCCCUUGACAAAAGUGUUGUACAGACUGUCAUCCUUCAAACCUCUCCUUUGUUUUUUUUUUGUUUUUUUGUUGUUGUUGUCGUCAGACAGCAUGGAGUAAUGACACUUGCAAAGUGGCGCUGAAAAAGUAAAUAAUGACAUAACCAUGAAUAAAGGAUUGUAAAAUAUUAAUAAAAGAGUUA